UCACAAUGUGCGCAUUCUAAUUGGUCAAGGGGCGGGGCUUACGUUGAAUGAAUACAGGAAGUGUACAGCGUGAGACUGCAGUUUGACGUUCGCCGGCGCAGUGAAAGAAAUUAAGUUCCUCCUCGUCAGUGUUAAACCUCAGACUCAAGAUGGUAGACUCCCAGUACUACCUGCCCAAUGACAUCGGCAUCUCCGCUCUGGAUUGCGGCGAGGCCUUCCGCUUGCUUUCACCUAAGGAGAAGAUGUACUCCCACUACAUUUCACGUGCUGCAUGGUAUGGUGGUCUGGCCGUGCUGCUGCAGACCUCCCCGGAGUCUGCAGACAUCUUCGUCUUGCUGCAGAAACUCUUCAGGAAGCAGACUCCUGCACAGCUGGAACAGGUUGCCACAGCAGCUGGACUCAGCUCUGAGGAGUAUCAGGCCUUCUUGGUGUAUGCAGCAGGUCUGUACGCCAACAUGGGAAACUACAAGUCCUUCGGGGACACAAAGUUUAUCCCAAAUCUUCCCAAGGACAAACUGGAAGCUCUGGUGAGGGCCAGCCAGGCGUUUAAGGACCAGCCCAGUGAGAUGGGGGCUCUGUGGGACAGCUGUUCGUGUCUCCUCUACUCCCUGGAAGAGCGACAGAAGCAGCUGGGGCUGGGUGACAAGGGAAUCACCACCUACUUCUCAGGAAACUGCGGUCUUGAGGAUGCUGAGCUGGCUCAGAAGUUUCUAGACUCAAAAAAACUGUCGGCUUACAACACUCGACUCUUCAAGAGGGAAAACGGAGGCAAAGCCUGCUAUGAGGUUCGCCUGGCUUCAGCUGUGCAGAAAGACUGUGCUGUGGAUGGGGAAUGUGAGACAUGCUGUGGCAGCUUUAACUUUGAAGACAAAGAGUUCACUGUUAAGAGAGGAGACUAUGCUCCUCUCAUGGAGAAAGUCUGCUAUAAUCUCCAGAAAGCACAGGCGUACGCUGCCAACGAGAACCAGAGAAAGAUGCUCGAGGAGUACUGCCGCAGCUUUACCCUUGGCUCAGUUGAGGCCCAUAAAGAGGGCUCACGCUACUGGAUCAAAGACAAAGGACCCAUCGUGGAGAGUUACAUAGGCUUCAUAGAGAGCUACAGAGACCCCUUUGGCUCCAGAGGAGAGUUUGAAGGUUUCGUUGCGGUCGUAAACAAGGCAAUGAGUGAGCGCUUUGCCAAACUGGUGAGCUCAGCUGAAGUCCUGCUGCCCGAGCUGCCUUGGCCCAGAGAGUACGAGAAGGACACUUUCCUGAAACCCGACUUCACCUCACUGGAUGUUCUCACCUUCGCCGGCAGCGGAAUACCCGCAGGCAUCAACAUCCCCAACUACGAUGACAUCAGACAGUCCGAGGGCUUCAAGAACGUGUCGUUGGGUAACGUGCUCGCCGUGGCCUACGCUACACAGAAAGAGAAACUCACCUUCCUGGAGGAGGAGGACAAGGAUAUGUUCAUCAAGUGGAAAGGACCUUCAUUCGAGGUCCAGGUUGGACUUCACGAGCUGUUGGGACAUGGAAGUGGCAAACUGUUUGUCCAGGAUGACAAGGGAAAGUUUAACUUUGACCAGAGUAAGGUGACCAACCCAGAGACCGGAGAGAUGGUGUCUAGUUGGUAUCAGGGCAGCGAGUCAUGGGACAGCAAAUUCUCCACGAUCGCUUCCUCUUAUGAAGAAUGUCGCGCUGAGUGUGUUGGACUCUACCUGUGUCUCAAGAAGCAGGUGCUCAGUAUUUUCGGCCAUGACGGCGAGGAUGCCGAGGACGUGGUCUACGUUAACUGGCUCAGCAUGGUGAGAGCCGGCCUGUUGGGCCUGGAGUUCUACACACCUAAGAGCAAGAGCUGGAGACAGGCUCACAUGCAGGCUCGUUUUGUGAUCCUGCGCGUCCUGCUGGAGGCCGGGGAGGGCCUGGUUGGCCUGGAGGAAGUGACAGGAAAGGACGGCAAGCCUGACGCUCGGAUCACACUGGACCGCAGCAAGAUCCACACCGUGGGCAAAAACGCCAUCCACAGGUUCCUCCAGAAACUGCAGGUGUUUAAGUCUACAGCAGACGUGGAGGGAGGCAGAGCGAUGUAUAACGGCUACUCUGCUGUCGAUGAGAGCGGCGUCCACAACUUCAUGCGCCUCCGGGAGACGGUUCUGUUGAGGAAAGAGGCUCGCAAGAUGUUUGUCCAGGCCAACACCAGAGUCAGCGGGGACAACGUGGAGCUGGUCGAGUACGAAGGCAGCGCGGCAGGUUUGAUCCGCUCUUUCACCGAACGCUUCGAAGACGGCGCAGAGAAGCUGGAGUCUGACCUCUUGGAAAUGGGCAAGAGUGACGCCCCCUGCUGGUGUUGAUGGACGGUCUGCUGCAGCAGCUCUCAAAAAUAUCAACCAGGUUUUCUAUUUCACGGUUUAUGGAAACAAAAUGAGUCUCAAUGGAUGUAACACAAAACUGCUAGAUGAUCAAAGCUCGUCUGAAGACUGCAGAACCAAUACGUUUCAUGAUCUAUACUUCAAUUCAAGCCAUACGGUCAUCUGCCAAAGUUCUCCAGCCAUAGUCUGCUUUUUGAAAACAGGAUCAAACAAAUAAAUGAGCUGACGGUUAAUUUCAUCCUUUACUUUUCUUUUACAUUUGGGAUCUUCUUCUGAUUACAAAUAUUCAAACCAGUGCUGCCUAACAGGACACAUAAAUGAGUUUUGUAGUUCCUCCUUUCUGAUCAUGGCUAAGCUGGUACUUCUAAAAAUUCUCUAUGCACAGAUUCGUAACGUCAACUUUUGGACCCAUCUUUAAAGCUUCUCUGUAAACGAACAUUUCUUCUGAUUUGACAGGUCGACUUCACACUGUGAGCAGCUGACAGCGCUACUACAGUGUAGUCUCUGGUUAAGGGCAAAGUAACACAUGUUUGGUUUGGUAAUAGGAAGUCAAUGAUGAGCUGACUGUAUAAAAUAAUGCUGCGUGAAAGGAAUGAGUUGAAUCUGCACAAAUAAAAUCUGUUUGAUAUG